UUCACCUUAAUUCAUAUUUUCACAUACAUAACUUUCUGAAUCUAACAUCAAAACCUGAUCAGAUUCAUGAAUUCAAAUUCAUAUCAAAAAAAAAUUCAAUCAAAUUAAUUCAUCAAUUAAAAAUCACAAUCAAUGGCGGCAUCGGACGGAAGCGAGUAUUUCGAUAUAGAUAUAGAAAGCGUACACGAUACAUUUUCACGUGUGGAAUCGAUACAUGAAGACGAAACGGAGUUACGAUGGGCGGCUAUUGAGAGAUUACCGUCUAAACAUGCUAAGAAUUUAGCGUUAUUAAGACGUUCCGAUGACGAUGAUAAUAAUGAGCGAACAGAGACUGUUGAUGUUACGAAACUCGAUAGACGAUAUCGGUCACUUAUUGUUCGGAAAGCUCUUGCUACUUCUGAACAGGAUAAUUUUAAGCUGCUUGCUGCUGUUAAAGAGCGAUUCGAUCGAGUUGGAUUGGAGAUUCCGACGGUAGAGGUUAGGUUUGAGAAGCUGAACAUUGAGGCGGACGUAUUGGUUGGAAAGAGAGCUUUGCCGACUUUGCUUAACUAUACUCGUGACGUUAUUGAGCAUUUCUUAACCAAUUUGGGGAUAUUCCGUCCUCAAAGACAUCGUCUGUCUAUCUUGAAGAAUAUUAGCGGUUCAAUAAAACCAGGAAGGAUGACAUUGCUUUUGGGGCCGCCUGGUUCUGGGAAAUCUACAUUGCUUUUGGCACUUGCGGGGAAACUUGAUACCAGCUUAAAGAAAAGUGGUAAGAUUACAUAUAAUGGCCAUGAACUCCAUGAGUUCUGUGUUCAAAGGACUUCAGCUUACAUAAGUCAAACAGAUAAUCACAUUGCCGAGCUAACUGUACGAGAAACAUUGGAUUUUGCUGCUAGAUGUGAAGGUGAAGGGUACGCAGGCAACUUGAGAGAACUUACCCAUUUGGAGAAGGAAAAUAAGAUACGUCCCAGUCCUGAAAUAGAUGCAUUUAUGAAGGCGUCCUCUGUUGCUGGCAAAAGGCAUAGCAUCUCGACAGAUUACGUAAUGAAGCUGCUUGGUCUUGAUGUAUGUUCAGAGACAGUAGUUGGAAAUGAUAUGCUCAGGGGUAUUUCAGGUGGUCAGAGAAAGAGAGUUACAACAGGAGAGAUGGUUGUUGGUCCAAGGAAAACCCUUUUUAUGGAUGAAAUAUCAACUGGACUAGACAGCUCAACAACAUACCAAAUUGUGAAAUGUACAAAGAAUUUCGUGCAACAGAUGGAAGCCACUGUUUUGAUGGCUCUACUUCAGCCUGCACCUGAAACAUUUGACCUCUUUGAUGAUUUGGUGUUGUUGUCGGAAGGACACAUGGUAUAUGAAGGUCCCCGAGCAGAAGUGCUAAAUUUCUUUGAGUUGUUAGGUUUUAAAAAGCCCUUGCGAAAAGGCACUGCAGAUUUCCUUCAGGAGGUCACCUCAAGAAAAGAUCAGGCUCAGUACUGGGCUGAUUCUUCAAAACCAUAUGAAUACAUUCCAGUUUCAAAGAUUUCAGAAGCAUUCAAAAAUUCAAUUUAUGGAAGGUCUCUGGAAUCCUCCCUUUCUGUUCCAUUCGAUAGAUCCAAGAGUCAUGUGCUAGCUUUGAGAAAAAAGCAAUAUGGCGUAUCAAAAUGGAAAAUUUAUGAAGCUUGCUUUUCAAGAGAAUAUCUGUUAAUAAAAAGACAUUAUUUCCUUUACAUUUUCAAGACGUGCCAGGUUGCAUUUGUCGGAUUUGUUACAUGCACACUCUUUUUAAGAACAAAGUUACAUCCCACAGAUGUGAUGAAUGGAAGCCUGUAUCUUGGUUGCUUAUUUUUUGCUCUCGUGCACAUGAUGUUCAAUGGAUUUGCAGAGCUCCCACUUAUGAUAUUUCGAUUACCUGUGUUUUAUAAGCAACGGGAUAAUAAUUUCUAUCCUGCAUGGGCGUGGUCUGUUUCUAGUUGGAUACUACGUGUUCCAUACUCUUUCAUUGAAGCUGUUGUAUGGUCCCUUAUAGUGUAUUAUAGCGUUGGCUUUUCCCCUAGUGUAGGAAGGUUUUUCCGCUACGUGUUUGUUCUGUUCUCAAUACACCAGAUGGCUUUAGGUCUUUUCCGUACACUAGCUGCUGUUGCAAGAAAUAUGAUAGUUUCCAAUACUUUCGGGUCAGCUGCACUUCUUGUGAUAUUCUUGUUGGGUGGAUUUAUCAUGCCAAAAGAUAUGAUUAAGCCAUGGUGGACAUGGGGUUUUUGGAUGUCACCUUUAUCUUAUGCACAACGUGCAAUUGCUGUUAAUGAAUUUACUUCCACAAGAUGGAUGCAGAAGUUUGCUGGUACAAACUCUACGAUCGGGUACAGUGUUCUUGAGUUCCAUGAUCUCCCCAUUGAUGAUAAUUGGUAUUGGCUUGGAGUUGGUGCCUUGUUACUUUAUGCGUUGGUUUUUAAUAUCAUAGUCACUCUGGCUUUGGCAUAUCUUAGUCCAAUAAAAAAAGCACAGAUGGUUCAUCCUCCAGCCAGAGCAGAAGCUGGCGGUCAGGCAUUACCUCUCAAAGCAGAUACAACCUCUAGAAGACAUUGUAUGACUCUCCCCUUCAAACCUUUAUCAAUGACUUUUCAUAACAUCAAUUACUUUGUUGACAUGCCAAAGGACAUGAAUUUGGAAGGUGUAGCAGAAAAAAAGUUGCAACUCUUGUCAGACGUUAGUGGCGUGUUUAGGCCAGGUGUCCUUACUGCACUCAUGGGGUCAAGUGGAGCAGGUAAGACGACUUUGAUGGACGUGCUUGCUGGCAGGAAGACAGGGGGAUACAUUGAAGGGGAAAUCAGCAUAUCAGGGUUUCCAAAAGAACAAAGUACUUUUGCUAGAGUCUGUGGUUAUGUUGAGCAAAAUGAUAUACACUCUCCUCAAGUUACAGUUAUGGAGUCACUUCUAUUCUCUGCUUUUCUCCGGCUACCUGCAGAAGUCAAUGAAAAACAAAGAAGAGAGUUUGUAGAAGGAGUGAUGAAACUAGUUGAACUUGAUAAUCUAAGAGAUGCUCUAGUAGGCUUAACUGGUGUUACCGGUUUGUCCACUGAGCAAAGGAAACGAUUGACAAUUGCAGUUGAGCUUGUUGCAAAUCCUUCAAUAAUAUUCAUGGAUGAGCCUACAUCUGGACUUGACGCAAGGGCUGCUGCCAUUGUUAUGAGAACUGUUCGUAAUACAGUUGAUACUGGGAGGACAGUGGUUUGCACCAUUCAUCAACCAAGUAUUGAAAUUUUUGAAGCUUUUGACGAGCUACUUUUAUUGAAAAGGGGAGGAUGUGUAAUAUAUGGUGGAAAAGUGGGUGAGAGGUCAGAGAUUUUGAUCAAGUACUUUGAGAGUAUAAAUGGAAUUUCACCGAUGCCCGGUCAAUAUAACCCAUCAAAUUGGAUGCUUGAAAUGACUACACCUGCUGUUGAAGAAAGGAUAGGACAGGACUUUUCAUUGAUCUAUAGAAACUCUAAGCAGUACAGAGAUAUUGAAACUUUGAUUCAGCAGACAAGCACUCCACAACCUGGCUCUGAACCCUUACACUUUUCUUCUAAGUACUCUCAAAGUGGUCUGACUCAGUUCAAAACAUGCUUGUGGAAGCAGAAUCUUGUGUAUUGGAGAAGCCCAGAUUACAAUGUUGUGCGGUUGUUCUUUACAACUAUGUGUGCAUUGAUUGUUGGUUCUGUAUUUUGGGAUGUUGGUUCAAAAAGAGACAACACCCAGAACUUGAUGGUCGUUAUGGGUGCUCUAUAUACAGCUGUCAUGUUUCUUGGUGUAAAUAACUCUUCCACUGUCCAACCUGUGAUUGCAAUUGAAAGAACAGUUUUUUACCGAGAAAGAGCAGCUGGAAUGUAUUCUGCAAUCCCUUAUGCUAUGGCACAAGGUCUUGUGGAGAUUCCGUACAUAGCUACCCAGACAAUAGUCUAUGGUAUCACGACAUAUUUCAUGAUCAACUUUGAGAGGACUGCUGGGAAAUUUUUUCUCUACCUUGUUUUCAUGUUUUUAACUUUCACUUACUUUACUUUCUACGGCAUGCUGGCUAUUGGUCUUACACCAUCUCAACAUAUGGCUGCUGUUGUUUCUUCCGCCUUUUACUCGUUAUGGAACCUUCUUUCUGGAUUUCUUGUCCCAAAACCGAAAAUACCGGGAUGGUGGAUUUGGUUCUACUACGUAUGCCCGAUUGCAUGGACAUUGCAAGGUCUUAUUGGCUCUCAACUUGGCGAUGUUGAAGAAACGAUCGCGGGACCUGGGUUUGAGGGUACGGUGAAAGGCUACUUGAAACAUGAACUUGGAAUAGAAUCCAAAUGGAUUGGCAUUUCAGCUGUGGCUCUCUUUGGUUUUAGCAUCUUCUUCUUUAUCGUUUUUGCGCUGUCCCUCAAAUACCUAAAUUUCCAAAAAAGAUGAAUCACCCUGAUCAGUUCACAACUUUUGUCCCUUUAAAGAUCACCAUGAGUCGCAAAAAGGACUCUUACCUACAGGAAAGACUUGUCCUACUCUCCACCACUUGAAAUCGAAGAACUUAAUGAGCCAACUCAAUCCGGUACAAGAUCACAGAUUUUAACGACAAAAGAGAGAUCGAGAGUAUAUUCCGAGGACCUUAUGUUCAUUUUAACUGAGAAAUCAUCCCAUUUCAAUUCACCAAUUCCUUUACAAACUUGAUACACAAUUUGGUUUAGGAAUUGUUUAACAUGCGGCGAUGCGCUACUUAACUGUAUUGUUUCGUGGUUAAUUAGUUUACAUCUUCCAUCGGUUUUAUCAUACAACUUACUGUUACAUCAGUUUAUAAA